AUGGGUGCCGUUGAUGCAACGGACCAGGACAUGGAACCAUACAAUGCAGCACGGAAGAGCUACGCCUGGUUCAAGAAAGUUGGGAUCCACGUGUUACAGAGGAUGGUACUGAAUGCCAAAGUCCUCUACUCGGUUACAAACAAACGAAAAGUAGAUAUGAAAGACUUCACAUUACAGUUAUGUGAUGAAAUUCUUGCCAAACAUCUUUCAGACUAUACAGCAAUGCGUGAUCAACACAAAAACGCGAAAAGGCAAAAACUUAGUGAACCAUCAACAUCAAGGUUGGCAGGACAUGAUCUCGUUCGUAGUGAACAGAACACGAGACGCAGAUGCUGGGUAUGCUACAACAUUGAGAAGAAGCGCUCUAUUUUCACGUAUAAGUGUUGUAUUGGAUGUAAAAACCGCAUACCAUUGUGUUCCUUAGACCACUUUACAUACUAUCAUGAUAACCUAUGA